AUAUAAAGUAUAAAAUUCCUCAACGUCUUCUUUCAUUAGGACAUUUAGUUAUUUGAGUAGGAAGUGGCAUAAAAAUAGGAUUGCCAACAAUUUGCAUGACGUCAAGCCAAUGGAGUCAUAGUUGUCUUCUAAAAUUACAUAGCAGAAGAAAAAAUAUUUUCCCUCACGUAUACAGUCCAUUUUCAAAGAAAUUUCGACGAAAGUGUUAUGAGUUGUGUACGGCGCGAGUGAAAAAAAUAUAAAACAGAACACCAAACGUUUCAGACAUUGCGUUUUCCGUGUGUAACAUAGUUACUUAGUAACGGAGUUAUUUUAUUAAUUCUGUGAGUAUCCAAUCUUAUUUUUUGAUUAAAACUAAAAAAAUCGAUAGGGCACGAAUUCUACUCAUACAUCAUAUUUAAACACGUGAUAAUCGUGAAUAAGAAAUAAUUAAUUUGUGUUUAAUAAAACAACUAGCUUCGUCAUGCAAACACUGUCUUUAGAAUGCUAAAAAUAUACCUUCUCUGUGUAUUUCGGGAUUUAUAUUUGGAGAUUUUGCGAGUGCGAGGCCGGGAAUCAACCAAAGAAGAAGAUGCAAAAAACACGUAAACCAUCCAGAAUCAAAGCCAAUAUUAGUUAUUAAAAACAAUAUUUAGUACUAAGCGUACUAUGUAUUUUGUGUAUUAAAUAGAAAGUAUUUAAUAGUCUUCAAAAUGUCUUUAGUUUCUUCGUCAAGGCUCGAGGGAUCCUCGUCCAGCCUGUCGGGGUCCUACCGGUCUACCUUGACCUCUUCGUCAAGCCUAGACAAUCCUUAUUGCAGGCCACGUAGUGGCUCAUAUGCAACUUCAACUCUCCGAUCUUACGGAGACACCGUCACCGAAUACAGAUCCAGAUAUUCCAUCGACAGUAAAGGAGAUAAGAAGUCUCUGAUAGAAUACUCUAGAACUUCCAGAGCUCCAAGCGUGACGGAUUCGGACAGCGGUAUCUCGUCCAGGCAUCGUUCUGACAGAAGCGAGUCCAGGUCUAGAGAUAUUUCGACGACAAGGAGCGAGAGCGGCAAAACUCUAAGUGACCCCCCGUCUAGAACGAAAAGAAAUUUCAGCUCGUCGGCUUUCAUGAGCACGGCCGAGCUUUACAAGUUGUAUUCGCCCUCGAACUACAUACCGUUGACGCAGAGAAUACAGCAGCAACAAAAGCUUCAGAAUCAGAAUUACGGGGAGAUAUCGAGAUCAAAGUCGAUCUCGAACGACAUCGGUAGACCACCAGCAGCCGACCCAUCACGCGCUCUAAGGAAAGCCAGGAACUCGGCUAUCGGAACCACAUCUGAAAGAACCGAAAGCCGACGUUACAAGGAUAGUUCUCCGACGUCGGGCUACACGAAACGAAACUCCCUUACGAACGGAGUGAGGGACAGUAAUGGCAAUGAACUACCAUCUGUGCCCGAGAUGCGAAAGAAGUUUGAUCCGAAAAUGGCCGUCACCAAACUACCCGCAAACGAGAGUAGGUACGCGAGUAGGAGCAACGAUGAGCGGUACCUGAAUCAACUCAAAGACUGCGAGAACGGUACCGUUGGGUACACGAAGCUACGUCCCAAAGACGACAAACCGGUACCCGUUCAUCUGCCUUACGUCAGCCGGAACGGUACGUGCAAAUGGGAAUCAGGCUCGUCUAGUUCGCGGUCGAAUUCCAAUUCCGAUCUGUCGAUUAACAAAACGGCGUCAGAAAGCAGUAUUUCGAAGUAUCUUCACGAUAAACCUAACGGCGCGAGUACGGUCUUAACGUCGAAAAUCCCGCCCGACCAUUUGACGAGCGUCAAAAGUCAACUAGACCCCAACAAUCCAAUAGGGAAGAUUCUAGAGAAAUCGACCGUGAUCCAAGUUCAAAAUGGGGACGUAGAUUAUGCGGAACGCAAGAGAAUACGCAACAGUCCCGAAACGGUUAACAAAUCGAAAGACAACAUUAAAAACGACAUUGAAAAACAGGUCAAAAGUCAAAGGCACACGUCCGAUUUCGCUUCGUACAUACAAAUAUCGCAGCCGAUCGCCUCGGGCACGUCCGCGCUAAAGAAAAUUGAAAAUCACGUUAACGAGGAACCCGUGCCCACAGAGACGCGUAAAUCUAGAGCCGGCCUCAAAUACAUAGAUUCCGAGCAAGAGAAUGUAUCGCUGAACAAUGAAAUCGAAUCUCCAAGUGAGACGGGCUUCGAAAAUAAGACCUUCGAACACGAGAAUUAUCUUAAGAAGCGCUCGGAGAAGAGCGAAGGAGACUCGAAAGAGGAGGAUGGAGCCAAGUCCAUGGAGACCAGCGUUGAGAGUACUCUGAGCGAAUUGACCGAAGAUUCUAGUCCUGAAACUCCGUCUACAAGAAGGAAGCUCUUGGAUAAAGAAUACGAUGAUGUAAAAGGGGAAUUGGCCGGAGGCAAAAGCGGUCCUAGCGGCCUGCGCCGGAGCACCGAUCGAUCGGAAUCACUCUCCGAAUCCAGGAAUGAGCGGCAGUCAAGUCACACCAGUGGUCUGAACGGCCUCAGGAACAUCGGCAACACGUGUUUCAUGAAUAGCGUCCUCCAGUGCCUGUCGAACACCAAGCCGCUGCUGGAAUACGUCUCCGAAGACAAGUAUUGCGAUGACAUCAACACUUCGCUGUCCUGCAUGAAGGGGGCCCUCAUCAAAGCCUUCGCGACGGUCAUCAAGGAGGUGUGGCGCAGUGGUGAGCGUGACGGAGUCGUGAACACCACCGCCCUGAAGUCCCAGGUUCAGAAGUUCGCGCCGCGCUUCAUGGGCUAUAGCCAGCAGGACGCGCAGGAGUUUCUUCGUUAUCUACUGGAAGGGCUCCACGAGGACGUGAACAGGGUCACAGUCAAACCGAAGCCUAUAUUGACGGAGAUCGACGACAAUCUAAGCGAUUCAGCCAAGGCAGCCGAAGCGUGGAGCCGCUACCUGAGGAUGGAGGACAGCCGCGUGGGCGACAUCUUCGUGGGGCAGCUGAAGUCGACCCUACGCUGCACCCACUGCAACCACGACAGCGUCACCUUCGAUCCAUUCUGGGACCUGAGCCUGCCGAUUCCGGCCCGGACCGGCAACCUGAAGCUGCAGCAGUGCCUACAGCACUUCGUGCGCGAGGAAGAGCUGGACGGUGACGAGAAACCGACAUGCUCGAAGUGCGGCGUGAGACGGAAGUGCCUCAAAUGGUUCACGGUGCAGAAGUUCCCUCAAGUGCUGGUCUUGCAUCUCAAAAGGUUCUCCCCGACGGAGCGGUUCCGCGGCAAGCUGAGCGUGGUGGUGGAGUUCCCCCUGAGCGGCCUCGACAUGUCGCCCUACGCCGCCGCGCGGUCCGGCGCGCCCGUCUACAACCUGUACGCCGUCAGCAACCACUCCGGUACAACGUACUCCGGCCACUACACGGCGUACUGCAAGCACCCGCACACCGGCGACUGGCACGAGUACAAUGACUCUAGGGUAACGCCCAUCAACCCGUCCAACGUGGUUUCGUCGGAGGCCUACGUGCUCUUCUAUGAGCUUUCACGUACGUAGCGAAAGCUCAAAGCCCGCCCGCUCGCUGGCUCCGCGCGCCAGUGACAGUUGACAGUGACACGCGUCACGCUGGACGACGGGCAAGGGGGUCGUGACACUUGAUAAAUGUUUUUUUUUUAUACUCUUUUGUUUUGCUGACGGUACUUUUUUGUGAGUGGAGUUUUUUUUUAUAAAACGAAUAAAUUAUUUUGUUGUUGAAAAUGAAUCGUCCAGUAGAAUGUCGGGUAAAUAGUGGUGGGUGUGGCGUUCGAUCAUGCGAUGGCGUCGCGGGGUCGCGUGUUCGAGCUCCGACGCGACCAGAAUACGGACGACAAUGUUUAAAGGGAAAAUCUUUUAGUCCUCCUUUUGGAGACACAUUUUUUUAUUUCGAACGCUACAAUCAAUUUUUUUUAAUAAAACUCGAAUCCGCGAUCCCGUUUUCGGAGAGCACAUGUUAACUAAGUCAGCUGGUAGUUUCGUUUGGAAGCUCAAUAGCGUUUUUGACGGGGCUUAUAAAUUCGAAGAGUAACUAUAAAUAAUCCUUUAGUAUAACUUACAUUUUCUAUCUGACGGUCAUGACUUAGUAAUUAUAAACAAGAAUUCAAUGUACGGUCCCGUUGUGCUUCAGACGAAAAUAAUAUUCAUGUACAUUUAACCAAGUUAAUAGUAAGAUUAGUGAUUUAAUUUUUUUAUUUGCAUUGCGCAUUUACAUUGCGUUUUUAGUUGGGAAUAAAAUUAGCACUCCAUUGCUCGCUCUCCGCGUUCACUCUUGUAAUUUAUAAGCCCGAAUAUCAACGUGCGCUGUUGUUGUCCGCGGGCGACUGAUCUGAACCGUCAAGUGUCCUUCUCGCUUGUCUUAAAGUUUGACCGCAAAAGUAUUUUUUUUUUUUCGUUUUAGAGCAUUACACACAAAAAAUAUGAAGCCUUAUCCCGUCAAUGAUUGUAAAUGAACACACAGUGACACUGCAAUUAUAUUAUUUACAUUUGAAAUUCCUAUCAAUUUUAGUCAUUUUGUAAAUAAAUAAAUUAAUAUUAAUAAUAUUAUUAAAAAAAAAGCUUUUAUAAAAUAAUACACAUUAUAUAAAUAGUAUACAUAUAUCUAUAUAUUUAAAUACGCAAAUUGUUAAUUGUUUGUUGAUGAAUAAAGGUAAUUUAUUUAUUAAUUCAAAUUAAUUAUUGAUUAACUAAUAAAAUUUAAUUAGCUAAAUAAAUAAUUGUUUUUGAAAAGAA